AUAGCACCUCCUCUUGUUCAGCACCCAAAGUCGAAGGAUAGCUCUGGCCUUUCAAUGGAAGAAAGUGCUAGAUCUGUUAGUGUUGUAUAAUAUUAAGACUAACUCUGAGGUUCCACAUUUUGUUUUGGGAUAAUCGCGUUUUGUCUUUACUUGUUAUGAGAGACAGGAGCUGACGUCCAACAUGCGUAAAAAUCAACGCUGUCCAAGCAGGGAACCGCCGAGAAACGAAUUACCGCCGCUCAACUGAGGCCAAUCUCGAUUUAUUUUUGUUAAAUAAGGAAACGUUAAUUCAGCUAGCUGGCUAACAUCGCCUCUACGGGUAGCUUGGCUAACGACAUAUCUUCACCUAGAAGCGGAGCCAGGUAGUCGGCAUUGGAACUUCAAUCGCACAGCGGCAGGAAAAAAGUUGUAGGCAGAGAUGGGAGCGUUCCUGGACAAGCCGAAGACAGAGAAACACAGCGCCCACGGCCAUGGAAAUGGGCUACGCUACGGCCUGAGCUCCAUGCAGGGCUGGCGGGUUGAAAUGGAGGACGCCCACACGGCGGUGGUGGGCCUUCCCCAUGGACUCACCGACUGGUCUUUCUUUGCUGUCUAUGAUGGUCACGCUGGGUCACGGGUCGCCAACUACUGUUCUGGGCACCUGCUUGAACACAUCUUGUCAGGAGGAGGUGCUGAGUUUGGUUCGGGGCCGGGCUCUGUGGAGGGCGUGAAGGACGGAAUCCGCUCGGGCUUUCUGAACAUUGACGAGUACAUGCGCAACUUCUCCGACCUGCGGCAGGGCCUGGACCGCAGUGGGUCGACAGCCGUGUGCGUGUUGCUUAGCCCCACUCACCUCUAUUUCAUUAACUGCGGCGACUCGCGGGCCGUGCUGUGUCGAGACGAAAAGGUGGGCUUCUCGACUCAGGACCACAAGCCCUGCAACCCCCGUGAAAAGGAGCGCAUCCAGAAUGCUGGUGGUUCAGUCAUGAUUCAGAGGGUAAAUGGCUCCCUGGCUGUGUCGCGAGCUCUCGGGGACUACGACUACAAAUGUGUGGAUGGUAAGGGCCCCACAGAGCAGUUGGUGAGCCCAGAGCCUGAGGUCUGUGUGCUAGAGCGGGCGGCUGAAGGAGACGAGUUUGUGGUUCUGGCGUGUGAUGGAAUCUGGGAUGUCAUGUCCAAUGAAGAGCUGUGUGAGUUUGUACGAUCACGACUAUUGGUUUGUGAAGAUCUGGAAAAGAUCUGUAACUCAGUGGUGGACACCUGUCUUCAUAAGGGAAGCAGAGACAACAUGAGCGUGGUGUUGGUGUGUUUGCCCGGAGCUCCCAAGAUCUCAGAAGAGGCAAUGAAAAAAGAAGAGGAAUUGGAUAAAUAUCUAGAAACGCGUGUCGAGGAGCUUCUGGAAAACUAUGGGGAGGAAGGAGUCCCUGACCUGGUGUCUGUCCUAAGGGUUAUUGCCUCAGAAAACAUCCCUAACCUUCCGCCUGGUGGAGGCCUGGCCAGCAAACGCAGUGUUAUCGAGGCUGUGUAUAACAAGCUGAACCCUCACAGAGAAGAAGAAGGGGGGGUAGGAGAGGAGGAGGAGGAUGAGGAGGAGAGUGAGGAGGGAGGUGUCGGCACUGCAGCUCAUCUGAUGGAGGCUCUGCGGCAGUUCCGUCUGCACCACCGGGGGCAGUAUCGCUCAGUGCUGGAGGAGUCUCUGGCCACCUACCAUCUGCAAGGGGAGGGCACUGUCGAGUUUGCCGGGGAGAUCAGGAGGACCUCUGAUGAUGACGAAGAGGAGCAGACCGCCUCACCCCCGCCCUCGCCUGCCGCUGUGGACAUGGAGGCCAGCCAAGAUGCCCCAAAGUCUGAUGUCUCCUCUGACUGAGCGCGCAGCCUAUCAUCCACCCUCCUCCAGGGAUGACCUCACUCCUCUUUCCCCAGUCACAGAACUUGACUAUGCAGAUUGGCCAUUGAUUUUGUUAAUUUUCUUAAUAAUUAAAUUAUUUGUUAAUGAUCAUAAUAAAAUAAAAGUAGCCUUUCUGUGUAUUCAAAAUCUGUUUCUAUUUAAAGAAGACUUUUCAUUUCCUUUUUUGUUCCCCCACCUUGGCUUGGAUUUCUUUUGAGAACAUAUGUUUCCAGUAGAAACCAGUUGUGUGUUGGUAUCUUGCAGAAAUGGUUGGUGAAACUUCCUAAUAUGUGUUUCGGGCUUAUUAUCUUCCUCCCAUUCCUUCCUCCCUCCUCCUCCCACCCUGUAACCUCACCCAUCACCUGCCUAUAUUGGAUGAACUGAAGUGCAGCUGUGCAGAAUGCUGCACUGUCUCCUGCCCUUACACCAUGUAUUGACUCAGAACACGUAGUUUGUCUCUGCCCACCAGAAAAUAAAAAUGAAUAAGUGAGAUAAAGAUAGUUCAGAGCGUUGGAACAAGUCUUUUGUAGAAAAUAAAACAUCUUUGUGCAGAUGUUUCACCUGUUUGUAGAUUGAGAACGCUAUCAGUCGCGUUAAGUCCCUGAGCUGCCUUCAUCAGCCUUCCAAUCAAAGCACAGUGAAGCUUCAGAGCACUUAUUCCAAACUACAUGGUUCGCAACUCACUAAACAUGUUCUGAAUGGUUUCUUGUUAAACAUGCAACACCCUCCGUGUUUAUUGGCACCCCUGGUAAAGAUGUUAAAAGUUCAUAUUUUAUUGCAGUAGCACAAUCUCAUUAAAAAUAUUUUUGAAAAGUACAAUCUUUGAAUUAACAUUUAUUCGGUGUGGGAAGACAUAUAGGUCUUGUAGGUUUUGUAUCUGUUGAGCUAUGUCUGUUUUGAUUUGGAUCAUUAUUCUGAUGAAAGACCAGAUAAAUGAAUGAAUAAAUUGUUAAUAGAAACUAGAAUGUGUUACGUCAUAUUUAUACCCUAGUGGAACAGAAAGUCAUGCAUUAUUUUUAAGAAGUCCCUAGGUACUCUGAUCAAGUGUAAAAAGAAAAAGAAAAUAACACGCAAAUGAAUAUAUAUACUCUCAUUUGAGUUUUUGUUUGAUUUUUCAGUGUGAGAUUUUGCUGCUUUAACUUUUAUGGGUUUUUUACACAUCUUUGCCAAGGCGGGUUAAUGAAUCUGGUCAGGACUGCAUCCACUUAAUGUUCUAGUCUAUGCUAACAUUAAACAUGCAGUUGUGCAUAUCUUUAACAUCAAAUGUAUAUAAUCCCCCUCUGCUGAUGUGGUUUAUUAUGUUGACAUGUAAACAUAUUCACGUAAAAGAUAGCUAUGAAGGCACUCUUCAGUCCCUGCAGGAUAAUGACAAGCAUGCAGUACCUUAUAACUCUUUAAACAGGCAUAUUUCAUUUCACGCCUUUCACUAGUAUAACUCUUCAGCACGGGACGCUUCAUCUACACUGUUUACUCUUCUUUAAAUGCAGCUGGUGAGAUAGUAUUGUUUGUUUGGUAAUGCACACACUGCAAUUAUCCGCUCAACAUCAAAAGCACUUAGCAAUCUGAGGCAAGAUCUAUGCUAAAACUGUCUGUAUGUGUGUGUAUAUAAAUCAGUUGUUUGUAUGUAGGACCAAAUGAGUCCUGCAAGAGUGACAAAAAUAUCAAAUAAAAAGAUCCAAAAUGCA